CGAGAUCGACGGCCCGAGCCUGGACGCGCGGCCAUUUGCGGGCGCGUGCGGCCGCGCGGGCACGCAUCCGUGGCGCGCGGCGACAGCGAAGGCGGCAGCGCUCGCAGCAACAGGGCAGCCAUGCGGCUGCCCUACCUCCUCGCCGCCGGGGCAGCCCUCGGCGCCGCCGACGACGGCGCGCCGCGCGCGCAGACGCAAGGCAAGGAGCGGAACCCGCCGGCCUGGCCCGCGGCGGUGCGCGUCGUCGCGCCGGCGCAGUGCGCAGAGAUCAGUGCUGCGGACGCGGGCGCCGCGCUGCUGCUGCUGCCGGGCGUAUAUGACUGUUCCAUAUCUCUGCCAUCGCGAUCGACGGCGGCGGGUUUAGGGACGGACCGCGACGACGUCCUCCUAAAACGCUGCGUCGGCGACGCUGCGUCAUCAGCGGAGAAUCUGAGGGUCGACGGCGACUGGCGGGGCCCGCGGAGUGUACGAAGGGUGGCCGUCGCCGGCGACCUCUCGUCGUCUUCGUUCAUGGCCGACGCGAACAUCACGGGCGGCGUCCGGCUCGGCGCGGCGCGCGCCUUCGCGGCGCGGUCAUCGUCGCUCCAGUCGAGUCGUAGCGUCGAGGUCGACGCGAAGGGCUGGUUCUCGUCAUCGAAACGGGACCCUGCACCGAUAAGCGGCGGCGGCGUGAACGUCGUCCUCGCCGGCGUGGCCGGCGGCCCGAACGCCACGGUGCCGCGCGGCGCGGCGCCCGGCGUCGCCUAUGCCGUGUCCGAAGCGCCGCGGGCCGUGGACAAGCCUUAUAUUAUCCGGCACGGCCCCGACUUCUUCCUCGUGAAGCCGGAACCCCUUCUCUCAAAGACGGGCUGCUGCGCGACGGACGCGGAACGCAUCCCGUUCCAGAACGUCUACGUCGCGCGGCCCGAGCGGACGGAGGACGUGCGGGAGAAGCUGCUCCAGGGGCUGCACGUCGUGCUGACGCCCGGCACCUACGAGCUCGAGGACGGCCUCGAGCUGAACCACGCGGGCCAGAUUCUGCUGGGCGUCGGCGCCGCGAUCGUGAGGGCGCCGUCCGACGGCGAGCCCGCGUGUAGAGUAAGGGGGCCCGCGGCCGUCGUCGCGGGCGUCACCGUGCAGGGCGCGCGCUACCCGAAGGGCGACACGGCGCUGAUCCGGUGGGAAGGCUCGGACGGUCUCCUCGCGGACGUUGUGGUCAAUGUGGACGGGGACGCGAACGCGAAGACGGGCGUCGCCAUCCACGCGGAUGGCGUCGUCCUGGACCACGUCACCGUCGAACGCCGGCCGCCGGGCCACCUCGACGUCGGGAUUAGUCUCGAAGGCAAUAAUGCAGUCGCCUAUGCCAUCAACGUGAAACACGUGGAGCAGGACGGCGUCCGGUGGCGCGGCGAGGACGGCCACGCCUUCGCUCUCAACGUCGACCUGCCGCGCGACGCCUUGAUUGACUUCCAGAACGGCGGCUACGUCGGCUACGCGGUCGGCGACUUCGUGAAAAGGCAUAGCGCGCGGGGCGUCGCCGUCUACGCGGCCUUCGACGGCGACGUGCGCGUGCGCACGGCCGUCCGACGGUCCGCGUCGCCGAACGUGACGCUCGCGAGCGUCGCGUCGGUGUUCACGGAGGGGCGCGGC